UCUUAAGUGACUUCACAUGUAUUUGCCAUUGGUUAUACUUUUGAGUAUUUUCUAUGUAAUAUAGUGGCUAUCGUAUUUUUGAACCAUUGACCAACUUAUUCAUCAUUACAGAGCUACAAUAUUAAUGUGUGGCAACAGUGAUACAAUUGUUAUUCUAUUUUCAAGACAUGCGCGGAAACUCUGCAGACGACAGCGUUUGAGUCAGAAGAGUUUGGUCCGAUCUUUCGGCCUGACAUACAGAUGCUGAUCAACUGCAACCUGUUUGAUCUGAGAGAAUACUGGAGGAUGAAAAAGUGGGAAAUACCAUUCGGAUACAACUACUACAUGGAAAAUAUCACUUACGAGGAGGUACGAGAUGUGUUGAAGAUGUUUCCAGCGGACGAUACCAUCUUCAACUUUACGGGGAGGAGCAGGCCCCGGUGCAUAACCUGUGCUGUGGUUGGCAAUGGUGGGAUAUUGAACGGCUCGAGGAUGGGCAUGGAGAUUGAUCAGCAUAGCUACGUUUUUAGGGUAAAUGAAGCCUACACGAAAGGCUAUGAGGAAGACGUGGGCAAAAGGACGACCCACUAUGUGUUUUUCGAUCGAUCUCUCCGAUACGUCAAGCCAGAGGACUAUCCCAUAAGUCAGAACACCACGUACAUCUAUGUGCCGUGCAGAAAAGAUGACUUCUCAUACCUGAGGGCCAUAGGAGAACGUACGGCCGAGUUCAAUGUACAACCUGAACACGUGCGAAUCAUUCAUCCAGACUUCAUGAGAUACAUACAUUUUGUGUGGAUGAGAGUAAAGUCGUUCCGCCCCACCACCGGCGCCAUUAUGACCAUGAUAGCCCUCCAUACGUGCGACAAGCUCAGCCUGUACGGACUGGGAUACAACACCAAGUACAGCAACCACUACUUCGAUCGGAAGUACAAGAAGUUCAGAGUUGUUAGAUUAAGUCAUGAUCACCAGAGGGAGAUCAGGCUGUGGGAUAGUUUGGACAAGGAAGGCAUUGUGUACUGGUACAGAAGGGACGUGUUCUGACAAUUUUACGCUGAUAUAUAAUGUGUAGUUUUUUUUAUUUGAAAAUACGGUACAAAGUGACUACACACUCAACUUUAUAAAACUUAUGUUGGUGCCACCGCUUAUUAACACAAAUGCAAAGGAUAAGUUAAUGCCAAAUGAAGACCCAAAA